UCGAUCCCAAUACCCACAGGCUGAUCUCAUCAUCAUCAUAUAUAGAUAUAUUAUUAGAUUUGAUUAUAAAUCCAUGGAUCCGAACGCACGCCUGCUCCACGGCAACUCGCCACGGAGAGAGAGGGGGGCAAACGAGAGGCUCUCGUAGGAGGAGGACGAGCGGCCGCUAGAUUCUCAUCUCUUCUCCUCCAAGCCUUCUCCUUUGCCUUUCAAAAGCCUCGUCGCGAAACACGCUCAAACUCUGGGAAGAAGGAAGCGGAAGGAGGGAAAGCAGGGUUUGUUAUUUAGUUUUUUCCGAUGGCGAGUUGGGUUCUAUCGGAAUGCCGUGGUAUAAGACAGCUGCCGGCGGAUUACUCCCGGCCCAAAUCUAGGCUCCAGCCGCCGCGGCGGAGCCUCCCUUGUCCGCCCCCUCGCGACGUGGAUUUUCGCCGCCGCCCGACCUGCCUCGGAAGUCGGGCGCUCCACCGGGACUGGGCGCUGAGGGUGGCGACGGCGGAGGAGGAGGGGGAAGGAGGGGAGGUAAAUGGGAAACGGGCGAAUGGGAGUGAGAUAGAGGUGUCGGAGUUCGAUCCCGCGAUGCCGCCGCCAUUCGGGCUGGCGGAGAUCCGGGCGGCCAUCCCCAAGCACUGCUGGGUGAAGGACCCUUGGAGAUCUAUGAGCUAUGUGGUCCGGGAUGUGGUUGUUGUGUUUGGGCUCACGGCCGCCGCCGCCUACUUCAAUAACUGGAUGGUGUGGCCGCUCUAUUGGGUGGCUCAGGGCACCAUGUUCUGGGCUUUCUUCGUUCUUGGCCAUGACUGCGGACACGGUAGCUUUUCGAGCAGCCCGAAGCUGAACAGUGUGGUUGGGCAUUUGCUCCAUUCGUCCAUUCUCGUGCCUUACCAUGGCUGGAGGAUUAGUCACAGGACUCAUCACCAGAACCAUGGACACGUCGAGAAUGACGAGUCCUGGCACCCUUUACCUGAGAAGUCAUAUAAGAGUUUGGAUUCUGCAACUCGGAUUCUGCGUUUCACAUUGCCUUUCCCAAUGCUUGCAUAUCCCUUGUACCUGUGGAAAAGGAGUCCAGGGAAGAAAGGUUCUCACUUCCAUCCAGAUAGUGAUCUAUUUGUUCCAAAAGAGAGGAAGGAUGUGGUAACAUCAACAGUUUGCUGGUCGGCAAUGGCGGCGGCGCUUGCAGGAUUAGCAUGGAAAUUUGGCCUUGUUCCAAUGAUUAAACUGUAUGGAAUUCCCUAUUUGAUGUUCGUUAUGUGGUUGGAUUGUGUGACAUAUUUGCAUCAUCACGGGCAUGAUGAGAAACUUCCCUGGUAUCGCGAAAAGGAAUGGAGUUAUCUCCGCGGAGGGCUGACGACGCUGGAUCGGGAUUAUGGAUGGAUCAACAACAUACACCAUGAUAUCGGGACUCAUGUGAUACAUCACCUCUUCCCUCAGAUACCACAUUACCAUCUAGUGGAAGCUACUGAGGCAGCAAAGCCGGUGCUCGGAAAGUACUAUAGAGAACCUGAGAAAUCUGGUCCUUUGCCGUUUCACCUAUUUGGCGUCUUGGCAAAGAGCUUGAGACGUGAUCACUAUGUCAGUGAUACUGGAGAUGUCGUCUACUAUCAGACCGACCAUCGAUUAAAUAGUUUUCCUCAGAAAUCGGAUUGAAACUUGCUUGACUGGCAUGGGAAGAUAGCUGAUUCACAACUGAUCCUGUCUCCAGCAUUCCUUAAAGCUGGAAUUUUUGUGCACAGCUUCCAAGUCCUACCAUCCAUUCUUUUCUCUUCCAAAUAAAAGGAAAGAGGUGUAGGAAAUUUAUCCUCAAAUGAAUCUAUUAUGGUAUAUAACAAACACGACUUUGUAUUCUUUGUUAAGCUGCUCGGAAAUAUCAUCACCGGCGUUGCAAAGCUAUAGUUGUUUUAUGUGAAACUUUCAAAGCAAAGAGGAAAGGGGAAAACAAAAUAAUGUUUUUGUCUGCUGGUAACUGUUCCUAACACCCUUCAUUUCCAAGUCUUGUGUGCUCAUCAUUGGUGAAUGAAAAUAUGAUGAGGCUUCCGU